AUGGCUACCAACUACGACGGAAUUGUACCCAUGUGCUCUGUAAAACGGUGGUCAUCUUCAGCACAGGAGAAAGUGAAUGUGCAACAACCUAAACUGUUCAGCAGCUAUAACUGCAGUAUGGGAGGGGUAGACCUCCUAGACCAAGCUGCAAACAACUAUAGAGUUCGCAUUCGCGGCAAAAAGUGGUGGUGGCCUUUGUUUACUCAGAUGCUGAAUGUGGCCGUGGUGAAUUCUUGGAAAAUUUAUCAGUUGAUUGCAGAUGAGCCGGUCGACCUCCUUGCCUUCCUACGAAAUGUCACACGGUACUACCUCCGCCUCGGUACAAAAGUCCAUUACAUCCGUAGGCGGCCAGCCUCCAUCGUGAGUGACAUUGUUUUGGACAAAGAAGGGCACUUUCCUAGCAAAUUGGAAAAGCAAUUGCGCUGCCAGUAUUGCCACAAGAGGUCCAUGUGGGCAUGCGCAAAGUGCAACAUUACACUUUGUUUGAAGCACGGAUGCUUCAAGAAGUUUCAUGCGUCAAAGACACAAUAUUGA